UAAUUUUAAUAAUACUAAAUUAACAAACGAAAUUAAUACACGGGCGCGUGAGGGAAAAAGGAGUAGAGAAAAUCGUUGAUUGACCUCUCCUCUUUCAUCGUUUGUUUCACCACCAAAGAACACAAUCUCCGGCGAUCGGGAGAGAGAGAGAGAUGAGCAGCACGGCAGGGAAGAUGGUGACAUCGAGAUCGGAGCUGGAAUUGGAUCACCCAAACAUCGAAGAUUACCUUCCUUCAGGUUCCUCCAUCAACGAGCCUCGUGGCAAGCUCCGCCUGCGCGAUUUGAUAGACAUUUCUCCAACCCUCACUGAAGCUGCUGGUGCCAUUGUCGAUGACUCAUUCACUCGGUGUUUCAAGUCGAAUCCUCCGGAGCCUUGGAACUGGAACAUCUACUUGUUUCCUUUAUGGUGCUGUGGUGUUUUUGUUAGAUACUGUCUUCUCUUUCCCUUGAGGUGCAUGACUUUGGCUUUUGGGUGGUUUAUUUUCCUUUCAACCUUUAUCCCUGUACAUUCUCUCCUUAAAGGUCAGGAUAGACUGAGGAAAAAGAUCGAGAGAGUCUUGGUGGAAAUGAUAUGCAGCUUCUUUGUCGCCUCAUGGACUGGAGUUGUUAGAUACCACGGUCCACGCCCUAGCAUCCGUCCUAAGCAGGUCUAUGUUGCCAACCAUACUUCGAUGAUUGAUUUCAUCGUCUUGGAGCAGAUGACCGCUUUUGCUGUUAUAAUGCAGAAGCAUCCUGGUUGGGUUGGGCUUCUGCAAAGCACAAUACUAGAGAGCGUAGGAUGUAUCUGGUUCAAUCGUUCCGAGGCAAAGGAUCGUGAAAUUGUCGCAAGAAAGUUAAGGAACCAUGUUCAAGGAAGUGAUAAUAACCCUCUUCUCAUAUUUCCCGAGGGGACUUGUGUGAAUAACAAUUACACUGUCAUGUUUAAGAAGGGUGCUUUUGAAUUGGACUGCACUGUUUGUCCAAUCGCCAUUAAAUACAAUAAGAUCUUUGUCGACGCCUUCUGGAACAGCAGAAAACAAUCAUUCACUAUGCACUUACUGCAACUCAUGACAUCGUGGGCUGUUGUGUGUGAAGUGUGGUACUUGGAACCCCAAACAAUAAGGCCUGAUGAAACAGCAAUUGAGUUUGCAGAGAGGGUCAGAGACAUGAUAUCUCAUAGGGCAGGUCUCAAAAAGGUUCCUUGGGAUGGAUACUUGAAGUAUUCGAGGCCAAGUUCCAAGCAUAGUGAACGCAAGCAACAGAGUUUUGCAGAGUCGAUCCUGGCUAGAUUGGAAGAAAAGUGAAUGCAAAGAUCUUAUCAUGUUUUUUUCUUGUUCCUUGUGUUUUAUUUUUCUGUUUGUCAAAACAAACUCAUAAAUCUCAUGUGCUUUUAGCUCUAUGUUUUUCCAAUACAUAACAUCUUGUGUACUAAAGCACAUAUAAUGAUAGGGUUAUGAUUCACACGUU